AACCACCAACGGAACCUUCUCCAGAUACCCCGCCCGCGCGAAAAGAAUAGAGGAGAAUCCCGACCUCCCCGCCCGCGCGGCUGCGCAUCUGCCCCCCCUCCUUCUCCCUCCUCGCUCCCCACCCCGGGUUUCCCGUGCCAUUCUUUCCCUCCCCACCCCGGCCCCGGGCACGAAGCAGCGGCGGAGACGGGGCCAGGAGGAGGAGGAGCUCGGCUGUUCUUCGUCUCCCCGUCGAUUCGUCUCCGGAUUAGCGCCGCCGGCCGUUCCCCGAGGGCUCCGUCCGGGUUGAUUCGAUCUGAUUGAAAAAGCCCGCGUCUUUCCCCGAGGGCGCGCGCUCGCUCGCCGGAGCUAGCUGUGUCUCGUUCGGCCGGGCUCAAGGAAGAAGAGUAACGGGCGGGAUGGCGUUCGAAGUGGUGGCGGCGCAGUUGGCGCGGCUGAGCGACGCGCUGGCCACCUCGGACCACGCCUCCGUGGUCUCCAUCAACCUCUUCGUCGCGCUGCUCUGCGCCUGCAUCGUCCUCGGCCACCUCCUCGAGGAGAACCGCUGGCUCAACGAGUCCAUCACCGCCCUCAUCAUCGGGCUGUGCACCGGCGUGGUGAUCCUGAUGACCACCAAGGGGAAGAGCUCGCACGUGCUCGUCUUCAGCGAGGACCUCUUCUUCAUAUACCUCCUCCCUCCCAUCAUCUUCAACGCCGGUUUCCAGGUGAAGAAGAAGCAGUUCUUCCGGAAUUUCAUGACAAUCACAUUAUUCGGCGCUGUCGGGACGAUGAUUUCAUUCUUCACAAUCUCUCUUGCUGCCAUUGCGAUAUUCAGCAAGAUGAACAUUGGGACACUGGAUGUAUCAGAUUUUCUCGCAAUUGGAGCCAUCUUUUCCGCGACAGAUUCUGUCUGCACUUUACAGGUUCUCAAUCAGGACGAGACGCCCUUUCUGUACAGUCUAGUUUUCGGGGAAGGUGUUGUGAACGAUGCCACAUCAGUCGUGCUUUUCAACGCGCUCCAGAACUUCGAUCCUAACCAAAUCGAUGCAAUCGUCAUUCUGAAGUUCUUGGGAAACUUCUGCUACUUAUUCGUGUCAAGCACCUUCCUUGGAGUAUUUUCUGGAUUGCUCAGUGCAUACAUAAUCAAGAAGUUAUACAUAGGAAGGCAUUCUACUGACCGUGAGGUUGCGCUUAUGAUGCUCAUGGCCUACCUCUCAUAUAUGCUAGCUGAGCUGCUUGAUUUGAGUGGCAUCCUCACCGUGUUCUUCUGUGGUAUUGUGAUGUCGCAUUAUACUUGGCAUAAUGUGACAGAGAGCUCAAGAGUUACAACAAAGCAUGCUUUUGCAACCUUGUCCUUCAUUGCUGAGACCUUUCUCUUCCUUUAUGUUGGGAUGGAUGCACUGGAUAUCGAGAAGUGGAAAUUUGCUAGUGACAGCCCUGGCAAAUCCAUCGGAAUAAGCUCAAUUUUGCUAGGAUUAGUUCUGGUUGGAAGAGCUGCUUUUGUCUUCCCGCUUUCAUUCUUAUCCAACCUGACAAAGAAGACGGAGCUCGAAAAAAUAAGCUGGAGGCAGCAAAUCGUAAUAUGGUGGGCUGGGCUGAUGAGAGGAGCUGUGUCGAUCGCUCUUGCUUACAAUAAGUUUACAAGAUCUGGCCACACACAGCUACACGGCAACGCGAUAAUGAUCACCAGCACCAUCACUGUCGUUCUGUUUAGCACUAUGCUGUUUGGCAUAUUGACAAAGCCUCUGAUCCGGUUCCUGCUGCCCGCGUCGAGCAAUGGCGACCCCUCGGAGCCCUCGUCACCGAAGUCCCUGCACUCUCCUCUCCUCACAAGCAUGCUAGGCUCGGACAUGGAGGCGCCUCUCCCCAUCGUCAGGCCCUCCAGCCUCCGGAUGCUCAUCACCAAGCCGACCCACACCAUCCACUACUACUGGCGCAAGUUCGACGACGCGCUGAUGCGUCCUAUGUUCGGCGGGCGCGGGUUCGUGCCCUACUCCCCUGGAUCACCCACCGAUCCAAACGUAAUCGUGGCAUGAACGUUGUGGAGAGAAGAGAAAAGCCAUUACAGCUUCAGGAGACACUCUGAACUGUUGUAACUGGAAGAGAAGGAGGUGCUACAGCUUCGGAAGAAGGCGAAGUCUCCAUUACUAUUAUAGUGUUUGGCUGACUCGGAGGGCCGAAGAAGGCGCCCCUCUGACGAUGGUUCAGAUGAACGGUUGGUUGCGGCACCAACAGGAAGAUGAACCCUAGUAACGGUGAUGCGAGUACCAUCGCCUUAUCGGUUACGACAAGCCUGUACAUUUUUGUAUGUAGAUUAACAAGCCAAUUGUACCCUAUGAGAUGAGAUCUCCUCUGGCAGGCAGGCAGGCCAUUUCCUUGCUCCUUGGCUAGGAGUCUCUGGCCUCCUGCAUAUCUACCAGUGCUUAUUAAUCUCCUCCCCCACUUUCUAGUGGAUUGGUGUAAUGGUGUGUACUUUACCAAGUUGUGUGAGAUGAGUGAUGAUCUUGUGGCCUGGUUGCUACAAAGAACUCAUCUCAAAGUUAUCUAUCUAUUUUCUAUAUUGAAUUGAA